CUGAGCAGGAAGAUGGCGGGAUCUAGCGCUUUUCGCUGGGAGGGCGCCGGGUGCCUGCGGAUGAGGCUAUCACUGGCGGCACUGAGCGGCCGGGCUGUGCGGAUCUGCGGGAUAAGGAGCCAGGAGCUGAACCCGGGCCUGCGGGAUUUUGAAGCAAGCUUCAUUCGGCUGUUGGACAAAGUAACAAAUGGUUCUCGGAUUGAAAUAAAUGAAACUGGUACUACACUGUAUUACCAACCAGGUCUUCUACAUGGAGGGAAGAUUGAACAUGACUGCCACACUCAGCGCUCCAUUGGCUAUUACCUGGAAGCUUUGUUCUACCUAGCUCCUUUUAUGAAGAGACCGUUAAAAGCCACCCUGAGAGGUGUCACCAAUGAUCAAACAGAUCCUUCUGUGGAUACUCUUAAAGUGACAGCUCUCCCCCUAAUGAAAAGGUUUGGUAUCGAUGACGAAGGGCUUGAACUCAAGGUAGUCCGAAGGGGCAUGGCCCCUGGAGGAGGCGGUGAGGUUAUCUUCUCGUGCCCAGUGCGGAGGUUUUUAAAGCCUGUCCAAUUAACCGAUCCUGGCAAAAUCAAACGGAUCAGAGGUGUAGCAUACUCCGUCAGGGUGUCUCCACAGAUAGCCAAUAGAAUUGUUGAUUCAGCUAGAAGCAUUUUAAACAAGUUCAUACCAGAUAUCUACAUCUACACCGAUCACAUGAAAGGAACAAAUUCAGGAAAGUCCCCAGGGUUUGGCCUCUCCUUAGUUGCAGAAACAACAAAUGGAAUAUUUCUCAGCGCUGAGCUAGCUUCAAACCCUCAGGGUCAAGGGUCACCAGUCCUACCAGAAGACCUUGGCCAGAACUGUGCAAAGCUGCUUUUAGAAGAAGUUUACAGAGGUGGUUGUGUAGAUUCGAUAAAUCAGAGCUUGGCUCUACUAUACAUGGCCCUUGGACAGCAGGAUGUUUCGAAAGUUCAGAUUGGUCCACUGUCCCCAUACACGAUUGAAUUUCUGCGCCAUUUGAAAAGCUUCUUCCAAAUCAUGUUCAAAAUUGAAGCCAAGCCCUUGGAAGAACAGAAAGGCGGAGAGAAAGUAUUAAUGACUUGUAUAGGUGUUGGCUUCUCGAACAUCAGCAAGACGGUCACAUAGGAACGACUACCAUACUGUUACAUCUUGACAUGUUUGGCGCCGUUCUUUGUAUAUUUAAACCUUCACGCAGGAAAAUUAUACUGCUGAAAUUUGAUACAUGAAGUAUCUCAAGUACAUGGCGCAAUUCAUUUGUUAAUUACAUUGCUUUGUCAUUUGGCUUAUAUGAAAACUUAAAUGCCAAAUGCCAGUUGAUCAGUUUCUCACCAGAAACCAAUGUCAGUUUUCUUUUCCAAAGCUGUUGUAAGACAUGUAUUUACUCAGCUGAGUAAAUUCACUUAAUACUAUAGUGACUAUCAACGAAUGACACUUCAUAAUGUCCGUUCAGUACACAGUCUGUUGGAUUAGUUUAUAUUGUAUAAUGGCUUGGGAUAAAGAUAUAAAGGCUUCAAAUAUAGUUUGUCAGGAUGACAACUGAUUUCUAGCACAGUUGUGAGGAAUGGAUAAUUCAAGUGAAUGCAGCCUGUUUUGUAAAAAUUGAACCUAUAUUCCAAGUAAAAUGGGAGUCAACAAAAUUGGUUCAGACAUAGUAGUUCUACCAGUUCUUCACUCAUUUACCUGUCCUUCCUGCUCAGGAAGAAAAAUACAUAAUUUGUGCUGAAAAUGUAAGAAUUCUUAAAUGGAUGAAUGAUAGGAGACCUUCCCAUUAGUUUAUCUAGGUUCAGGACUUAAUGUCACUCUUUUUCAUUGUCCCUUGUACACUGCACUGGGUAGCAAGGAUGGGGGCGGGCAAUACCUUUUUACAAUAGAUUUGCCAACCCACGAAGAACAAAAGAAUGAACUGCUGAUUCUUAAAAAUUGUUCCUCCAGAGGUUCUACAAGACUCUGGGCAUUCUCCUAGGCCUGCGCCACUUGGAACCCAGUUAUUAGGUGAUUGAGCAGCUAGUGUACCUUCCUCUAUCCCUUCCUAGCAAAAAUUGAGUUCAUGUGGAGAUCCUACGAACUGUCCAAAAAGCCACUGCACUUUGUGCACACAAACCUGCUGCUGUGUAAACAGCCAGUCAAUGUCAGCUUUAGCUCAUUGGUAAAAUUCUUGCCUCCAAGUGAGAAGGCUUUGGGUUCAAGCCUCACUCCAGAGACUUAAGUACAUAAUUUAGGCUGUCACUUCAGUGCUGUACUGAGUGAAUGCUGCUCUGUUGGGGAUGCCAUCUUUUGGAUAAGAUGUUGAAUUGAGACCUGCGUCUUUCCCCUUUGAGUGCACUUGAGAUUCCAUGGGACUCUCUUGAAUAAGAGCAAUGAACAUUCCCUGGUGUCUGCUGAUAUCUAUCUUUUAACCAACAUUGCAUUGUCAUUAUCUCAUUGCUGUUUUGGGGUCAAAUUGCUGCCUGCAAAAUGACUUUCACUUCCCAAUGUUAAGACAUAAUUACUUUUGAAGUUCAGUUCAUUGCUGUAAAACCCUUUGUGAUGUCUGUGGGAUAUAGAUAGGAACAGAAAUAGGCCGUUCAACAUUUCAAGCCUGUUCUGCGGUUCAGUUAGAGCAAGGCUGGCCUUGUCUUAACUCAAUUUACUUGCCUUAGUUCUGUAUACUUUAAUAUACUUCGUAACAAAAAUUAUCUCUUUUUUUUAAUUUUUCAACUGAUCUAAUUUCAACAAUUUUUUUGUGCUCCGGAUUUCCGCUACUUUUUGUGUGAGGCAGUGUUAACUGACAUCGCUUAGCUCUAAUUUUAAGGUUAUGCCACUUUGGACCAUCCCACAAGAGGAAAUAGUUGCUCUCUACCCCAUUACAUCCUUUCAUCAUCUUAGCCACUUCAAUUAGAUCACCCCUUAUUCUUCUAUGCUCGAAUACAAGUCUCAAACCCAUCCUCAUAAUUUAACCGUUUUAUCUCUGAAUCAUUCUGGUGAAUCUGCUGAAACCUCUCUAAAGCCAUUAUAUUCUUUGAGGUGCAGUGACCAGAACUGAACACUGUACUCCAGAUGAGGCCUAACCAAAGCUUUGUAUAAUUAUAGCAUAACUUCUCGUCUCCUUGAAAGGGAGUGUGAAGGGCACCAAAUGAAUUUAAGUUCUUUAUUGUUUAUGUACUACCUGAUAACAAUAGACUCAUUAAAAUGGUAACUCAAGAUUAAGCUGGAAGUAACCGCCACUUUGACAUUGUUAGUAAAGGAAGCACGUGUUUUAGUUUCUAUCCAUUUGUAUUAAUGACCAUGUUCUAAUGGUUUGUAUUUGUAUAUCUCUAAAAUGCAAAAUAUUACAUUUUCAUAUACUUCAUUCCAGUUGAAAUACAUUGUUGCAUUUAUAUUGACCAUUGUUAAAAUGCCUUUUGGUAAUAAAAUGUUUGUGGCAACUUCA